UGACUUUGUGACAAUAAUUGGUGUCAUUGUGCAUGUGCAGUACAACCUAACCUGGACCUAACCUAAGAUUUUUCCAGAAAGCAUUUUGAAUAUCAAUGAUUGAUGUUUUUCGCCGGUCACAAGCUUACCAUAAUUAUUUCCAGCCUCUAGAACAGUUCAGGUUGAUUCCAAGCGAUUAUUGAUAAUGUCGCUAUCUCAAAAGCAUACCGGUUUGCUGUUGGUUCCAUGGUUUAACAGUGAAGAAUGGCGCUAUGCAUUCCGGUUAAUUUACUCGAACUAUCGCGAAAAGCAACUGGAAGCUCUGGAUCUGCUAAAAAUGUGGAAAUUGAGAACCCCGAUUCUCUGUACUGGAGUGGAAGGAACCCUGAUUGUACUCGAUGCUUUGUUGAUCGCCCCAGAAUCAAUGCCUAUUGAGAACCUUUCGAAUAUCUAUGCAAUUGCACUAAUGAGGUUUCUGAACCUAUCAGCUGCCAAUGCAGAUAAACAAGGUUUAUUCACCAAAACAUCCGUGAAAAACGAUCUACCAAAGUGGCUGGUGAACUUGAGACAUGAUGUGGCUCACGGACAUCAACUUCCCUCGUUUUGUAGCCUGAAAAUGGGAUUAGACUUUGGUUUGGCAUGGCUUAAGGAGAAGUAUUGGGAGCCGCAAAGUAAACUUAUCAAAGAUUAUUUUGUUGAGGACACUCCAGAAUUGGACGAUCAGCUAAGUAGCUCUCUAAGCGCCUACUUCGCUUUUAAUCUGGCUCUCUGCGAUAAGGACGAUCUAGAUGCAGAAUACAUUGAGUCAAUCGCAGCUAUGAUCUACAAAAAAUUUAAAAAGCGUCCGAAUGAACCUCAGGAAAUUGCGAAUUAUUUGUUGGAAAUGGUCAAGGAACGUCUGAACAAAGGUCUUAAAAUUCCCGAUUGGUGCCUAGAUGAGUUGAUUACUUCUAGAGUACUACUGAGGCCACAUUUUGAAUCUACAGAGAAUGGCCAAGCUAUAGCAGAGGAAUUUAGAGACAGUUGGGCCAAAUUACUAAGCGCUUUUCAUCAGCGCGGGGCACUUUUCAAUAUUAUCGAGAAAUUACAUGCUAUCGUUGCCAAUAUUUCAAUCUCAGAUACCACCAAGAUGAUGGCAGCUUUGUGGAUAAACGAAAUCAUGGUUUCUCUGAAGCAUUUAAAUGAGAAUAAAAACAUGGACGGUCUGUUGAAUCUUGAACCAAGUCGAUACACGUAUAUUGUGGAGUUCUUCAACUUCAAGCUGCAAGCGUUGGUUCAUCUAAAUCAAUUUACAAAGUAUUUCAUGGACAGCAUUUUAGACUACGUGUCAGAUGCUGAUCUUAAUGAUAGCAUGCGAAGCCUGACGAGUGCCAAAACCAACACUGAAGGUUUGCACUCAAUUAAGGCUGAUGUGUGGAUGCCACGGGAUCUCGAUAUGGAAAUUGGCUGUUCAGAAGAUGAACAUUUGGCUGAAAGUAGCAGACCGGAGAAAAUAGUUGCCUCUAGUAAAUGGACGAAAAUUGAAAAUACAUCAAUGUUUCAAAAUUGCCCUCUAGGGGUUUUACCUCAUCAAAUCGCACAGAAGCACCCGUUUUUAAUUGUAUAAGGAAAAUUAUUCAAUUUUUAUUUUUUCUUAGCUCUAAGUUACUAGUUAAGAACUAAAUAUAUUUUUUUUUUUGAAAUUA